AUGACCGACCAACGGAAGCGACGGCGCUCUCGGUCUCGCUCGCGCUCCGCGAGCAAGCGCCCGGCCGUCGGGCUGGACGAGGAGCAGCGUAAAGAGGCCGAGCGUGUGGCCGCCAUCGCCCGUCGCGCGGAGGAGCGCGCGGCCGAGCGUAAGGCGAAGGAGAAGCAGGAGGCCGACGCCAAGACCCCCGAGACCAAAAAUGCGGCGGCUGCAGGCGACCGCAAGCUGCCGCUGAAGAUCGGAGAGGCCCCCGCAGCUACCGAGGAGGCCCCAGCCAUGCCCAAGUUCCGAUCCAAGGCGCAGCGCCAGAAGGACGCGCUCGAGAGGCUGGAGAAGAAGCGGCAGGAGAUGGACAAGCAGCGGAAGGAGGCGGAGGACGCGCGACGUCAAUUCCUGCAGCGUCAGCGCAGUGAACGGGACCGGGAGCGAGGCCGAGGAUCGAGAUCUAACGGAGACCGUCGUCGUGAUGACAGAGCUGUGGCUGAUUCCAGAGACAGAGGAGACGCUCGACGUGGAGCAGCGGACUCUUCUUCGUCGAAGGUUGAGGGGAAACCGGCGCUGUUGGAUCCGAGCGAAGCCAAGGCUCUGCAGGCUCUGAAGGACCAGUACUUGGGCAAGACGGUGAAGAAGAAGAAAGUGGUGAAGGCGAGUGAGAAGUUCUCGAAGAUCUUCCAGUUCGACUGGGAGGCCUCGGAGGACACGAGCACGGAUCUGAACCCGCUGUACGCGAAACGCAUGGACGUAAACUUGCUGUAUGGACGCGGAUACCGAGCUGGUGUAGAUAUGCGAGAGCAGCGCAAGAAGAACUCGUUCUUGGAGGAGCUCAGCCGCAAGCGGCAGAAGGAGCAGCAACUUGCGGAUGAGACGGACGGCAGUUUGACGAGUGAACAGAUUGCAGCUAGAAAGCAGGAGCGUGAGCGCGCGCUGCGCAACAUGCAGGCUCGCGAACGGGACCGCAUGCAAGAGAUGGCUUCGCGCGAGGCCAAGACGAUGGGAACGCACUGGUCCGAGAAGUUGCUGGAUGAGAUGAAAGAGCGUGACUGGCGUAUCUUCCGCGAGGACUUUGAUAUUACGCUUAAGGGUGGUCGUGCACCGAAUCCGCUGCGCAAGUGGGAUGAAGCUGGCAAUCUGCUGCCGGAUGCUGUAUUCAAGGCCAUCAAGGAUCUGGGUUUUGAGCGUCCGUCACCAAUUCAGAUGCAGGCGAUCCCCAUUGGUCUGCAGAAGCGUGACAUCAUUGGUAUUGCCGAGACUGGUUCGGGUAAGACUGCAGCCUUCGUGAUCCCUAUUAUCGCGUACAUCUACUCGCUGCCACCUGCGAUGGUUGCGCGUACUGGUGAGCAAGGCCCCCUCGCUUUGGUCAUGGCACCGACGCGUGAAUUGGCGCUGCAGAUUGAACAGGAAGCCAUCAAGCUUUGUAAGUACACGAGUGUGGGACAGCCUGAGAAGCUGGGGCCCAUCAAGACGCUGUCUGUCGUUGGUGGUCAGAGCAUCGAGGACCAGGGAUUCCGUUUGCGCGAGGGUGUGGAUAUCAUCAUCGGUACGCCUGGCCGACUGAUGGAUUGUCUGGAAAGCCACUACCUGGUGUUAAACCAGUGCAACUACGUGGUGUUGGAUGAAGCCGAUCGCAUGAUUGAUAUGGGUUUCGAGCCGCAGGUGGUGGCUGUGUUGGAGAACAUGGGAUCGUUGCUGAAGUCAGAGAACGAAGAGGAGAUGGAGCAACAGCUCACGUUGGCUAAUGGAGCUCAACCAGGGGAAGAGCUGCAGCAUCGACUCCGCGUCACUACAAUGUUCAGUGCUACGAUGCCCGUGGAGGUGGAGCGGCUGGCCAAGACGUUCCUGCGGCACCCGUCCAUCGUGAAGAUUGGUGACGAAGACUCGGGCAAGAACAAGCGUAUCGAUCAGCGCGUGUUGUUCAUGAACCCGGGCAAGAAGCGCUCCAAGCUGGUGGAGGUGCUCCGGGACAUUCUCAGUGCGCAGUCGGUUCCGUUGCCGCGGUCCCGUAAGGAGAAGGUUGUGGAUGGCGCCAAGAUCAUCGUGUUCGUCAACAUCAAGAAGGAGUGUGACUCUGUGGCCAAGUUCAUUUCGAGCGAAGGUUUCCGCUGCACAAUCCUGCACGGUGGCAAGACGCAGGACCAGCGUGAAGAGAGCCUCAAGAUGUUCCGCGAAGGCUACUGCGAUAUGCUGGUGGCGACGGACGUGGCUGGUCGUGGUCUGGAUAUCCCGGACGUGACCCACGUCGUAAACUUCGACCUGCCGUCCAAGAUCCAGAACUACACGCAUCGUAUCGGUCGUACCGGCCGUGCCGGCAAGGACGGUGUGGCUAUCUCGUUCCUCACGGACGACGACGAAGAGAUCAUGUACGACCUCAAGCAGUACCUCGUGUCGACUGAGAUGCCCGUGCCGAGUGAGCUCGCAAACCAUCCGUCUGCGAAGGCGGCUCCGGGCGCUCGUGACGAGAAGGGCAACAUCAUCGCGCGCAGCAAGCGCGACACUGUCAUCUACGCCAAGUAGGAGCAGUCGGCAGCAAACACGAAGCCAAGGCAUUGUUGGAUCUUGUU